GACAUGCCCAAGCAAGUUUGUAAAAAUGUCAUGUGUUAGCAUGCACAAGAGGUUUGAAGAAAAUGAUUUUGCUGCAGUUAGAAAGGUUCACUUUAGCGUGUUUUACUGACUGUGCUCAGUAGUUUGGUUAGUACCCUGUAGUGCGCUGUUUUAAAAAAUUAACAUUUUCAUCAGCGGAAAACAGCAUGGCUUGUGAUGAAAGUAGGACACGCCACCGUGUUGACACAGAUAAUACGGAUUUUAAAAACAGUGGACAUUCAUCUUUGGAAUUAUCAAAAACUGACAACUGUGACCAGACUGCCUUGGAUUUGAGUUUUGUGCACCGUGAAGUCGAUACAUGUUGUAACAGAGUCGAAACGUACGUGUUUUUUGACACGGAAACAACCGGACUGCAAGAUGCGGGUCACCAGCCGAAAAUUACGGAAUUCUGUCUUUUGGCAAUUCAGAGAGAAGAACUGCAACCAAGUUGUGGGCAACCGAGAGUAGCGAACAAGCUAACGGUGUGCCUGAAUCCCCAGCAAGUUAUCACGCCGUCAGCAAGCAUGAUAACAGGUAUGUUCAACGAUCAUUUGGCAAGCCAAACACCCUUCACUUCAGAAAUGGCUAAGAUGGUGACGUCGUUUUUAGAACGUCUUCCGUCUCCCGUGUGCCUUAUAGCUCACAACGGAAACCAUUUCGACUACCCAUUGCUUCGUUCAGAGUUGAAGCAAGCCAACGAGUCGCUACCGGGACGUCUACUAUGUGCGGACUCCUUGGAGUGCUUUCGAGAGAUGACAUCAGGAAAGAUUGCUGCCGAAAUGGCAAGGGAUGCCGCUAAUAUGAGACAAGACUCCGAGCAGACGCCGUCAAAGAGAACAGCCAUCAGUGAUGUCCUGCCUGUUGGUGCCAAAAAACCGAGAAAAAAUCCCAGCAUGCAGGAUAUUUUGUACUCGGAUGUAAACAAAGAGGCGGCCACCAGACGGUUGGACUUCGAGUCGGUGGAGGAGGUGGAAUCACGCAAUUCCAGAGACGGCGAUAAUACCACAUUGCCAAAACAUGCAGAUGCUGAGACCGGUGUGGCAGAAAGACAUUCUGCUAAAGAACCCAUUAGCAACAGAAUUCCUAUAAAACAAGGCACGUCCGUUGUAAAGAAACUGACUUUCACUGAUGAUGUAAAUCAUUCUGUAGACUGUAGUAACUUAAUGGAAGACCAGGAUCAUAUUGACACAAAUAAAACGAUGGGCUCAAGUUGUGUAUAUGUUUCUAAACGUUGUGAAUCUCGCGACUUGGUUACUAGCACUCAUCACGACUGUACAUUCCCUGUCAAUUUGCCAACACCAGAUAGUUCACCCGGUACUACAAGUCCAAUUGUUGGUCAAACAGCAGCUGUUGUUGGAACACCAUCACAAGAUGGUGGUGUAACGCAGCGGUCAACAGAAUGUCAAAAAGCAGUUGUCCAUCGAGAUCAAAGUUCUUUUGAUAAAAGUAGUGAGAAACCUAUGCCAAGCGAUUCCAAAGAUAACCUACGUCAUAAAGUGGAUUUUGAAGCCGACAUUGACUUCGCUGUGGAGUGUGUAGAAAACAGUAGCACGUUUCGUGAACAUGUUUCAUACAAAGCGGAGGUGCAGUCCACAAGUGAUGUUGUUAAUGAUCGUCCUCAGAGUAGUUCAGAACAGCGAGAUGGGAUCGUUCGUCGACCCGAGACGGCGUUGAUUAAAGAACCAAAGUGCGACACAACGACCCCCAGUUCAGACAAUAGCACCUCGAAUCCGGACAUGAGUACGAUUCCUCCUCUCCCCGUGACCAAGUACUCGCCCUUCAUCAACAUCUCGCCCACGACGAGCGCCCAGAUGAGGAACGAGAACCAGCAGAAGAGCGAGGAGGUCGUCCACAACAGACGGACGUCGCCCACGACGUCGAAGGCGUCGACGACGACGACGGAGUCGAGUCCCGCGAAGACGUUCCCCACGCGACUGUCGUUCAAGCUGCAGGAGAUCUACCGACGAUGUUACGGUCAGCUUCCGCCUGCAUCACAUAACGCCGAGGACGACUGCGUGACGUUGCUCAAGGUCGUUAUGAAGCACUCGCCGCAGUUCCUCGACUGGGUGGAUAAACACGCAGUGCUCUUCAACACAAUCAGUCCCAUGUAUUAAACAUGUACGAUAAUCUUAGACUCUUAUUGUUCGGAUGCCUUAUUCAAACAGGGCCGAAUUUACAAAGCCUUUUUAUGUCUUACUCGCGUGUAACUACGUGUAUACAUACAUUUACAAUGCUUAAACACAUGCGUUUAAGAAAGACGGGGGUCGUACAUUCGGCCCUAGUGUUUUGAAGAUGUUCAGUAUAUAUACAUUUUGACACCUCGUAUGCAAAAUUGAAAUUAGAACGUGCCCUUCUUGAAUUUAGACCUUCUGCGAGUAAAGACUGGACCAAUACGCCUGAAACAUUUUGAAAUGCAUAUAGAUGGGUAGUGAUAUUACUGGAUGAUAGUUUCGUUUAUAAUAUAUUUUUUAUAGUUUAAUGCAUGGAAUUGCUAUUCAAAGACGGGAUUUUUACAAAAGUAGACCAUUCCUGUUCCUGUUGAUCGUGCCUUGAGGUAGAAGUAAAGGGUACAGGUCUCUCGUAUAUGUUUCUGCCUCUCUCCCCCCCCCCCCCCCCCUCAAAUAAUACACACAUUUUAGUGUAGUUUUUAUCUAGUCGAUACACUGAUUCAAGAACUCGGUGUUAAAUUGUCUUGUCAAAAUUUAGAAAAUUGAAAUCAAAACAAAUCAUGCUAGUAAACUAUUAUAUUUUACUGCAUCUAAUAAUGGUUUGAGUUGGAGGUGAACACUGUUAUCGAGUGCCUUUUUAAUUCUUCUUUUUUCUUAUUGUUUUCUUUGUUAUUCAUUAUUAUAUUGUGAAUCACUACAUCCCACCUGUUAUCACACAUUCUUGUAUUAAUUUUGUGUUCGGUUUUUUGUGUGCAAUAUCCAUUAAUGUCUAGAAGAAUUUUUUUUUAUAUCAAAAACAAGUUAAGGCCACAAAAGCCAAUUUUAUAAAUGUCAGGUAUGUCUGCAUUUAUUUUUAAAGAUUUUUUAAUAAUAAUAAUAAUAAUAAACCACCCUCACCAUAUUAAUUUGUCUGCUGAAAUGGUUAAACGUCAGUUAUCGCUUUAAGAAGCCCCAUCAAAUAUAUUUUUUAAAAUACAUAUACAUGUAUGCUUAUGUAGUACAAAUGCAUAUUAUAAUUUGCUUUCAUAGAUGUUUUAAAAAUCAUAUUUUGGUUUAAACAUUCUUCCAUUUGAGAGUUAAAUAAUCGAGAGUUAAAUAAAUAAAAUUCUUCUAUUAUAUAAUUAAUUAAUAUAACGAAACGAACUCGGAGACUAAUGAAAUAAAGUAUUUCUUCAACAUUUACACAUUAUUUUAGCAUUAGUCUUUUAAUACGUUUCUGUACAUAAAGUUAUAAACUAUAUUUGAUGGUAAUAUUUCUAUUUGUUUUGAUACAUGUAUUAGAUGUUAGACGUGUGUAUAUAUAUGUAUAUAUAUUAUUUAUUUAUUGUCGUUUUGUUACAUAUGCAAAGUUUAUAGCUGUUUGCUACAAAAUACUAACAAGAAAUUGCAGUAAGUGGCAUUAUGAUAAUGUAUAUAACUAUAUGUGUUAUUUUAUUUUGAUAAAUACAUGUAUAUUAAAGAAUCUUUUUUCUUCUAAAUUUGAAAAAAUAUAAGAUGUUUUUUUUUUUUUUUUUUUUUUUCAAUUUUGAUAAAUUUAUAUAUGGGUGGGUUGUUUUUGCUUAAAGUUUAAUUUAGAUACACGCAAGUCUUUUUUUUUUAAUUUUGAUAAAAAAAAAUUCUUCUUCUUCUUGUUCUUUAAAUUUUGAUAAAUAUGUCAUUUUCCGAUUUCGAUCUAUCGUAUCAUGAUACAUUAUACUGCUUUAAUUCUGUAGUGUUGUGUAAUAUUAGAGGUAUGUACAAUCUAACAAUUACGUUUAUAAUGAUUAUGUAUUAAUGACGUUUUUGUUGUAAUUGGCCCCUCCUCUGGACUUUGAAUGUGUUAACAUUUUAUUGUUAUGAUUUGGUAUACAGUGCUAGUUAUUAGCUGCAGAGGCUCAACAGUCGCAGUUAACUCAGAAGUGACGCAACCGGCCUUGGUGGCGCAGUGGUUCAGCCAUCAGACUACAGCCUGAUAGGUACAGGGUUCGCAGCCCGGUACCGGCUCCAAUCCAGAGCGAGUUCUUAAGGGCUUAAUGGGUAGGUGUAGAACAAC